GGCUCCAAAAGACAGUUUCCGGCCAGCUCCCAAGCCACGUGCACGUCCAGUCAACCACCGAAAGCCAACUCGAGACUCGCGACCAUAUUCUCGCUUAUCAUUCCCGUCACGCUCGCUCGAAGACCACCUCGCACCAUAUACGCUCGAUCUCUCGAGGCCGCUCUCUCUGUGCUUUGACCAUCUCGCAGCUGCCCAUCGGCCGGCGAUCGCCCCAACGCCGACGGACCCGAUUUGGCAGCGUCCCUCUCAGUCGCAAAGCCGUUCCCUGCGACCUGCACACACUCAGCUCCACUGCGCACCAGAGACAGCAGGAUUCCAGGAUCUCGAAAGGCAAGCCGAGCGCAACAGAGCUCACAGCUUGGUCGGCGUGCGACCUACGGCAUACGCCGCGCCUUUCUGCGCUUCUUGCCCAUCAACACCUACACCGAACUCCAACUCUCCUCGAAUCGUCAUGGCUUCAACCCUGAGGCGCCGCACUGCCGGCGUGGACGGGACCACCGAGUCGCCCACAUCCGACAUCCUAGACCCGACUGACCACGACCAUCUUAGCGAGGAAAAGCCCGUCAAGAUCGUCACACAGACCAAGAAGGAGACAAGGAAGCGUCGAAACACCUUUAUUUUCUUCUUGGGAAGCCUGUUUGGCAUCAUUGCGGCUGGUUUCCUUGCCCAGGAGAGCGACCUGAUCGACUUCCUCCCAGAACUCAACGACCUGACCAUGGACAGCAUCCUCGACGUACUACCAGCAGGGCUUGUCAUGGACCUUCGAGAGUUGAUCAACGGCGAGCGCGAGUUCACUCAGAGCUAUGAGGCCUUCACUGUUGGGGUCCAGGCACGAGAAGAAGGUCUUGAGGUCCACCAUCCAGUCAUCAUGGUCCCGGGAGUCAUCUCCACUGGCCUCGAAUCAUGGGGCACGUCAAACAUUUCCCGCCCGUAUUUCCGCAAGAGACUUUGGGGCAGUUGGUCUAUGAUGCGCGCACUGGUUCUGGACAAAGAAAACUGGAAGAACCACAUCAUGCUGGACAAGAAGACCGGGCUCGAUCCUCCAAAUAUGAAGUUGCGGCCUGCACAAGGAUUCGACGCAGCCGAUUUCUUUAUCACUGGAUACUGGAUCUGGAACAAGAUCAUUGAGAAUCUGGCUUCCCUAGGGUAUGACCCAAACACCUCCUUCACUGCGGCGUAUGACUGGCGGCUGUCCUACCAAAACCUCGAAACACGGGACAAGUUCUUCACGAAGCUCAAAACACACAUAGAGCUUUCGCACGUUGCAACUGGGAGAAAGGCUGUCCUCAUCUCGCACAGCAUGGGUAGUCAAGUCGCUUUCUAUUUCUUUCACUGGGUCGCUUCUCCGACUGGAGGUAAGGGCGGCGAUGACUGGGUGGAGCGCUAUGUCGACUCGUGGAUUAACGUCAGUGGUUGCAUGCUCGGCGCCGUCAAGGACAUUCCCGUACUCCUAUCGGGAGAAAUGCGGGAUACUGCUCAGCUCAACCCUUUCGCCGUAUAUGGGCUCGAGAAGUUUCUAAACAAGGAUGAACGUGCUGAGCUGUUUCGCGCGAUGCCCGGCAUAUCUUCCAUGCUUCCCAUGGGCGGAGACGCCGUCUGGGGCAACCUGACCUGGGCGCCAGACGAUCAGCCAGGUCAAAUCCACUCCUACGGCUCGGUACUGAACUUCAGAAAAGAGCUCAAUGGCAGCAUUCCGGACAGCAACCUCACAGUGUCCACGGUCUUGGACUACCUCAAGAGGACAACGGAGGAUUGGUAUCAGGAUCAGUUGCGCGGCAGCUACUCACAUGGCGUCGCUCUUACGGCUGGUGAAGUUGACGCAAACGAGCUUGACUCUCGGAAGUGGACGAAUCCGCUUGAAACAAGGCUGCCUCUUGCCCCCAGUCUCAAGAUCUACUGCUUUUACGGAGUUGGUAAACCUACAGAGCGAGCAUAUUACUACCGUGCUCCCGAGUUCCCCGAGCUUACCAAGCUCAACAUCACCAUCGAUACCACCAUGAUUCAAGGCGAGGUGGAUCGCGGCGUCAUACUCGGCGAGGGAGAUGGCACGGUGCCGCUGCUGAGCUCGGGCUACAUGUGCUCGAAAGGGUGGCACAUGAAGCGAUACAACCCAGCUGGUGCCAAAAUCACAGUGGUCGAGAUGCCGCAUCAACCUGACCGGUUCAGCCCGAGAGGCGGUGCGAACACUGCAGAGCAUGUGGACAUUCUCGGGCGGCAGAACUUGAACGAGCUGAUAUUAAAGGUCGCUGCCGGACAGGGACACACGAUUGAGGACAACAUUGUCAGCAACAUUCGCGAAUAUGCAGACAAGGUCAAGAUCUAUGAGGACUCAUGAGGAGCAUGUCUACCGCAUUUGAGCAUGCGAUUAAUUUAGAGAUCAACAAUAGAUCGACGAGCCGGCGUUUGGCGUAAAGUGCGGUGUUGUUUCGUUAUUGUCGCUUCGCUUGAGCACAGCUUCCAGGAUGGCUUUGUCAUGGUGGUGACAACUGGCUGGCUUCGUUCAAAUUGCUAUAGGAUUAUUUUAUCUAGCUAACUGUGAGGUCGACUUGAAGAAGAAUAAUGAGUGUAGAUAUGAACAUCGGCAUUCCUCAGGAAGAGCUGUAGCGAGUCUAUCGAAUGGAAGCAAGGCUGCAUUUUGAAGGCAGGACAUUACUGCUUACUCCUCAACAGCUCAUAAUCGGAUGAAUCAAGAACAGCGUCAUAAAAUCAGUCUUGGUGCUGAAAAUCAGGAU